GCGGGAGGCGAGGAGAGCGAAGCGGCAGAAGGCUCAUUGUGUGUGGGUUAGAAAGUGGGGGUCGUUGCGGGGGGGAGAAAGAGUGCGUGGAGGCUGAACUCUCGCUUUUGUCGCCUGUGGAGGAGGGGGCGGAUUAAGUAGCCUGCUCGCUCACACACACACCAGGGACGCCCGGUUCGUUUAUCAGCAUCAUCAUACCCAUUACCGAGGAUACACAGUGAACCGGGAAGGGAUGCAAAUUUAGCGCGAGACGGACAGUGGGACUUCGGUCUCAGCUGGAUUCGGAUAAAUGGUGCGUGCGCCGUGCCGUCGUCGGCGAUGAGAAGAAAGGAGGACAAAAGAUGAACGGAUGGAGGAUAGACACGGCCCCCCCGGUAGACACGCGCCUUCGGUUUACCGCAUCUCUCUGAUCUCGUGCCGCCGUGCGUGAGUCUGUCGGUCGGUCGUUCAGACUGUGUCUCACUAGGGAGAAAAACCCGAACAGUAUUCCCGAAUUACAGGAGGCGUUGCCUGUAUCUGACUGACUGCAGAGAGACUAUUGUCUGUGUGUGAUUUGACGUUUAGGGGUGUGAUUGUAUGUGAGCGGGUGUGCUUGUGUGCUUGUGUGUGUGGUGACUGUGAGAGGUGUGUUUGUCUGAUUUGAUGGCAAGGGGUGUGUGAGUUGCUGGUGUAAGGGUGUGUGUGGGUUGACAGUACAGGUGUGUGUGUGAGCCAUGGGGAACACAGAGAGUAUGGAGUCUCAGCUAGCUGUCAUCAGGGCCAGGGCUGCUCCUGUCAAGCUGCCCAUGCCUGAUCCUGCUGAGCUGGAAGAGAGGUUCUCCAUUGCACUGAACUCUAUGAACCUGCCUCCUGAUAAGGUGCGUCUGCUCCGUUGCUACGACAACGAGAAGAAGUGGGAGCUGAUAUGUGAUCAGGUGAGACAGAAGGUCAACUCUGAUUGGCCAAAGAACAGCCUGGUCUGAUAAUGACCCCUAGCA